AUUUCGCAAAGGUUUCAUUUAAAAAUUCCUUUUACCAGUCGUCAUGAUGCGGCGUGUAACUCUGCUACUGUCUGGUGUACCUCAAAAUGUAACUCUUACGGAACUAAGUUACAACUUAGAUUGUUUAUUUAACACAGAUGAGAUUGGGACGUUUAAGAUACGCGAUUUACCUAAUCACCCUCAAACCAACAAGCGGCAAAUAGCUCUAGACUUUUUAUCAAGUUUUGAUGCUAUGGUCGCACAAGAAAAGUUAGACAGUUAUAACUACACAAUGAAAGACGGCCGGCAGUACACACUGCGGGCUAAAAUCAAUAAAACUGAGGAAUAUCAGUGCAAGAAUUCCAACAGUCCAGAACAAUGUGGCAGUUCUAUCUGGUAUGGAGCGAACUGGCAGAGUUUGGCGUUUCUACCCAAUAUGGAUGGAGAAAUGUACCAUAGAGCUAAUGCUCGACUUGAUGCCCAACUUGAUUUGUUGAAAAAACAGAAGCUAGUAAUAGAAAAAGAGAAAGAAAUACUAAGAGAGAAAAGAAGACUGAAGCGGGAGUAUGGUAGUAUGCCUGCAUGUGAUGAAAGUGAAGCGUCAUCUUCCAAACGCUCGCGUUCCCGAUCGCGGGACCGUCGCUCCAGCUCUAGGCACAGGUCGAGGUCACGAGAGAGAGUUCACCAUGAUUCAAGACGAAGAUCAUCUAAAGACCGCGAAUUAAUAUUACUACAAAUCGAGUGGCACGACGAAGGGCGAGCAAAAAUACGUGAUCAUAGGUCACGCUCCAAACAUAGGUCAAAGUCAUAUGAAAAGCGUGCCAGAGAUCAAAAAUCCGGCUCAAGAGAGCAUGAAGACCCAGGCUCUCGAAAAAGGUCUAGACAGAGGUCAAGGUCAAAAGAGAGUCAGGACGAUAGUGGAUCUUCCCGAGACAGAAUUUAUAGAGACCGAAGAUCUAGAUCAAGAGAGUCUGUUCACAGAGAAAGCUCGAAAGAACAAAUGACGCGGUCAUACGGAGGGCGUUACAAAAAUAAGAGAUCCUCACGGGAGAGAAAUUAUAGAGACCUACGAUCUACGUCAAAAGAACGAAGGGCAUCGAGAGAUGGGAGGUCACGAUCGAAAGAGCGGUGGUCAAGGUCAGACGAACGCGGCCAUGCGUACCGGAGGUCUUGUUCGAGGGAAAGAGCUUAUAGAAACCUAAGGUCUACAUCGAGAGAACGAUAUUAUAGAACGCAAAGGUCUAGAUCUAAAGAGCCAACGAGAUGGUCAAGAGAAAGACGGUCACGUUCAAGAGAACGCAUGAUGAGUUCCCACGAAGGACGAUCAACGUACCGACGAUCAAAAUCACGGGAUCGGAAUACUCAUAUCAGUGACCGAAGUACUCGUAUAAUUACAGAUUGGCAUCCCAGAAGGUCAAGGUCAUGUGAAAGAAGACCUAACCUGCCACUAGCUAUAAUGCCUGGGAGCCCUAAACGGCUUAAGUCACCAAUUGGGAUUACAAUAGUUUCAUAUGAGGAAGAUUAUACACCAAUAGAUAAUAUGAAAAGUAAAACUGGUGUUCAGUUUGAUAAAGAAUUUAUAAAAGUAGAAAAUGAAGGCGAAAAUACAGUUCAGGGAGAAGCUACACUUGCAAACAGAAACAAAACAUGUAAUAUUAUGAAAGAUAAAAAACAGAAAAACAAGGAAGAAAAAAGGAUAGCUAAAUUCAAUAGUAAAGUAAAAAAGGCAGAGAUGUUAGAAGGUAAAGUUAAAGAAUUUGCCAAAGAUGUUAUGGUCCUACUCAUCAUAUUACUUGAAGAAUUGAUGAAUAAGGAUAAAUUUAGAUUAUCAGCCUUUAACAAAGUGCUAUUGAUAAAAAAGCUAGAAAAAGUAGUGGAAGAAAGAAUCGAACCGCUAGCGAGGUCGAAAAAGAGCACAGAUGUUGAAGUGCUGAGGAAAUAUAAGAAGCUAUAUCCGAGGGAAGUUGAUUCACUGUUGAUCAAACAAAUGCUGGAUAAGAUUCCUAAAAUACAAGUGCUGGAACCUCAAUCGACUGCUACUGUUACGUCCGAACAUUUGGUGCCACAUACGCUGGAUCCCGUAAUCUGGAGAAUGGAAGAUGUAGAAGAGCAACAAGACCACAGGAAUAAUUCGACACUGUCCGAAAAUGAAAUACCAAUAAACGAUAACUUAUCACACAUCAAUCAAGAACAUAACAUAAUUGAUUUAGACAGUGAAACAUCUUUACCAAUAAUUAAAAAAGAAAAGAUUGAGGUCGAGGAAAGACCUGUAACUAUCGAUAUAGACAGCACCGAAAAACCGGUGCCAAGGCAUCCUCAGUUUGUUGUCGUCAUCAAAUGCCUCGUUAAGAAAAUGAACAAAGUGGGACUUCGUCAACUUUUGCAUAAAAAUAAUUUAAAAGUUAAACAUUUUUAUUUGGCACUGAGGCAUAUUUUGAGACAUAUGUUGAAAGGUCAAGGAUACGUACCCAGAUUAGAGAUUAUUUCUAAAUUCCGAGAAGUGUACCCAUUGGAGAAAGAUGAGGAAUUCGUGAAAAAUGUCAUCAAAAACAUUAAAGAUGGAAAGUAUCCUGGAUGUAUGGACGUAGUUGAAGUCGUGAUAGAUAGUGAUAAUGACAUCAAUGACAGUCCAGAUGAAGUGGUUAUCAUAGAAAAACCUCAAGUUCUUGUUACUGUGCCAGAUAGCGAUGAUGAAGAGGAUAAGAAGCCAAUAAUUAAAGUAACUAAUCUUGAAUGUGGCCCUGCACGAGAUAUGCCUUCACUUAGUCCAGAAAAUCCUGGUUCAAACGUGCGGACGGUAGAUUCCCCUACGCCUACACCUGGGCCAAGCCAAGCCACUGUUGUUGCAAAUCCUGACCAAGCCGUCAUCAGCCCAGUCAAUGGCAACAUAGACAAGCCAGCUCAAGAUACGCCUAGUGCAGUCAAUUCUAGUCUAGCCGAAGUAAUUUCUCCCUGCCAUGCUCAAGCCAUGAGAGACGCAACCAAUCUUGGUCUGGACACGACGGGCCCUGCAAAACUCGGUCCAACUAAACAACUGGCCAAGAAGGAACCGAAAAAGACCACGACCGCCGUGGACGCGGAUAUGCACAUCAAAGAAAGUAAAUAUAUAAUUGAGUACAUUUUAUUUAUGGAAAGCAAGCUAUUGUGCAAAAUCCUAGCCCGUUACAACAUUAAAGACAAAAGAGCCGAUUUCUUUCGUAAUGCUGAAAUAAGAAUUAGAUCCAGAGUAAAAACCAUCUUGUUGGAAAACCCUUGUAAAGAAGCUCGACAUUCUCCCGAGCCCAGUGACAAGGACAACACAAUUCAAUCUGGCACAGCAAGCGCAACAGAUAAUGAAGUAAUAGACAGUCAACAUUGCGCUGAAAGGAUUGAGGAAAGGAUGAGUCAAACACCUAACGAUUACUCUAAAGAUAACCAGAUAGAAAUCAGCAAUAUAACAGAUUAUGAUAGCAAUAAAUUAAAAGACGAAGCAGUUCAAGACAAUCUCAAUACAAAAGAAAAUAAAGAAGACACCAGCAGCAAUAAAUUAGACGUUUCCGUACAAGACAACUUCAAUUCAAAAGAUAAUAACGAAGAAAACGACAGCAAUAAUCUAAAAGUUACAGCGAUUACUAUUGUGACAUCUAUAGAUGAUCUGCUGGCUAAAACUACUAAUGCCAAUAAUUCAGAAGAAGUCCCAGUCCACGACAUUAAAGAAGAAUUGGAAUAUGAGGAAGAUAGACCUGAUAAUUCUUCUCUGCAGCUUGUGCUAGAUGGUGGUCCUGUAGUAACAUCUAUUACUAUAAUGACGUCAGAUGCCGAGUUAUAUUCAAUAGGCCAAGAUGGUCAUAAAAAAGUUAACGAAAUUAAGAAUGAAGAAGACGCAGACGAAAACUUACUUAAUGAGAUUGAAAGAGACAUUAAUAACGAUAAGUUUAGCUUAGAAAUUAACAAAGAGUAUAAUUUUAAUAAUAGUAUACAAACGGGUACUCUAGAACAUAACGUUGGUGUGAUAAAUUCGGAAUUUACUAGUGAUAAUAUAAUUAUACCUCAAGAGAACAGAACAGAGGAUGAUGAUGAAACUAUAGAGUCUAUCGGCAGAUUUGUGGCAUCUAUGUAUUAA